AUGUUAGUUCACCUGCCAAGUGUGGCUUCCCAUGGUCGUUGCUUUUUAGUGAAGCACGCCAGUGACCGGUCUGUGGCGCUGCCGUUGCGCCCAUUGGCUGCCAUUGGUGUCGCUGCAGCUGCGGCUGCCUGUGGCAGAAGAUGCUUUCGAUGCCACCGCACUGUGCGACGCUGCGAAGAUGCCAAAGUCUUGGAGGUCGCAGAGCAGGCUGCACGCGCUGCUGGGUGUCUGAUCCGAGAGCAGGUGGGUGCCAAAGUCAUUCGACGUAAAGCCUUUGCUGCGGAUCUGCUGACAGCAGUGGAUCAGCAGUGUGAGGAGGCCAUCCGAAAGAUUGUUCAGGACAACUUCCCAAGCCAUGCAUUCCUGGGGGAGGAGACGGCUGAGACCACUGGAGGUAUUGAGGAGAUGCAAGCGCAGGAAGGUUGGCUGUGGGUGGUGGAUCCCAUUGAUGGAACUACCAACUUCGCCUCUGGUCAACCCAUGUCCGCGGUGAGCAUCGGCGUGGCUAAAGACGGACAGCUUCGUGUUGGGGUCAUCUAUGAGCCCUUCCGAGACGAGCUCUUCACGGCGCAAGUGGAGCGUGGUGCCUUCCUCAACGGCCAAAGUAUCCGUGUCUCAGAUGCCAAAGAGCUUUCAGAGGCUGUGGUCGCCUCGGGGUGUGCCCCAAAUCCGAAGAGCUCAGCGCCGUGCCUUCGGGCCAUGACUGAACUGGCGCCCAAGACAAGGACACUUCGCAUCUUGGGCUCUGCUGCAGUGAACUUUGCAUGGCUCGCCUGUGGACGUCUCGAUGCUUGGUUCGAGGUGGACUUGAACGCCUGGGACAACGCUGCUGGAGCCUUGCUGGUCCAAGAGGCAGGAGGCCUGGUGACAGAUUGCAAGGGCUCGCCAUACACUUUGAGCACGCGCCCGAUUUGUGCUACCAAUGGGUUGAUUCAUUUCGAGCUGCUUGAGAUCCUGGCAAAGACCAAGGCUACGGAGUUGGAUCCAUAGCUGAUCGCUUUCCAGGCCUAUGGGCCUAUGGCUGACCGCUAGUACACCAACCGGCAGAUGUGCGCAUACAAAAAU